AUGUCGUCAAUUAGCUCGCGUACUGCUGUUUAUGUUUCUCUAGCAUUACCCGGCAUAGUUAUCCUUCGGAAACUGCUGAAAUCGAAAAAACACCGCCCCCCUUCUCCACUAUCCCUUCCUCUCAUUGGACAUUUAUUGUCAGUCCCUGCUGACACUGAAGGCAUUGCGUUCCUCAAAUUGGGGAAGCAACUCAACAGCGACAUAAUUUACUUACACCUCUUCGGGUAUGACUUUGUAGUUCUCAACUCUGCCCAAGCUGCUACGGAACUCUUGGACAAACGCUCGGCCUUGUAUUCAGACCGUCUAUGCCCAGCUAUGAUGCGAGAGCCCUCUCUGCUUGACUGGGCUGACCACCCUGUAUUCUUGGGAUAUGGUGAUGCCUGGCGGAACACGCGACGAAUGAUGAACAACUGGCUGAAUGGGCGUGCUGUUACAAAAUACUAUAGCCAACAGGAGCGCCAGGCCCGUCUACUGGUGCAGGAGUUGGCGGCCCUUUCCGGCUCACCCCAACCAUUUGCCGAAGUAAAACAUGAGCUUUUGUACACCAUGGCAUCAUCGAUGUUUCAACUAGUUUAUGGCUACGAACUACAAGGCAAAAGGGAUAUGUAUCUUGAAAAAGCCCGGACUAUAACUGAUAAUGCUAAUGGUGCUGCGAUGUUUACGAGCAAGUCAUCAGAUUUGGCUUCCUUAAGUUCCUGGCUGACGACCCACACAGACUUCCUAGUCAACAUAUUCCCAGUACUUGUACACGUUCCAGAUUGGCUCCCGGGCGCAGGUUGGAAGCGUACCGCUCGAGAAUGGAGAUCAUUAAAAGAAGAAGCGAUAAACUCACCUUACGAGUGGACAAAGGCCCAAGUGAAUAAAGGGAUCGCCCAGCCUUCUGUAGUGAGCUCUUUACUUCAGGAUCAUUCGUCAACCAUAGGCAUGAGCCCGGAAGAAAAGGAGACACGUAUCAAAGAAGCUGCUAUCACUUUAUACCAAGGCGAGUGGAGGCUCAGAUACCCAUCAACGUUGCUCGUUUUCGUUGCAGCAAUGGUUACUCACCCUGAUGUACAAAUCAAGGCUCAGCAGGAGCUCGAUGAUGUACUCGGCUUUGAAACGCUGCCGACGAUUGCUGAUCGAGAGCGGUUACCGUAUAUUCAAAACAUUAUUAACGAGUUAUUUAGAUGGCAACCAGUAUUCCCUACUGGUAUUCCCCAUAUGUGCUGGCAGGACGACAUCUACCGAGGAUAUAAUAUCGAUAAAGGAACCGUGGUUAUAGGCAACAUGUGGGCGAUGAGCCGCGAUGAGCGCUUCUACGAAGAUCCUGAAGUUUUUAACCCUGACCGGUAUCUGGAUCCAAAUGUCCCUAUUAUACCUAUGUUUGGAUGGGGGAGACGUCGAUGCCCAGGAAUGUACUUCGCCGAGCCCUCGUUGUUUGUGAGGAUAGCUUCAAUCCUCGCUACGCUCACCCUCUCAAAGAAGAAGGAUGCGAACGGAAUAGAAAUUACCCCUGUCAUAGAGCCCGGGGCCAACACGGCUAUUGUUCACCCGCGCCUACCAAUUCCCCACACUCAUAAGUUGCUUAAGUAUGAUGGCUGCCUGGGCCCCGCCGAUUACCCCAGUUCCGUCUCUUCGACCAUGAAUCCCACUCCCAUCGCCUCACACACCAUCUCUCUCGUUCUCCAGUACUUGCUCCCCCCGUCAGAACUCCCAACAUACCUUAUUUCUCGCCCAUUACUACAGCGUCAUCAUUUCCUCAGUAUCUCUUCCACCGACACUGCCGCCUAUCUCUGCUGGCCACAUCCUGGUGCUAACCCCGAAAAAUCUGUGGCUGCUCUUGAAUAUCUCUCUGCACAAGACCAUGAGUGGCUCGUGAGGACAGCAGAGAUUCGCUACCAACCACAAGCAUCGUCAUCUGAUGCUGCCCAAGCUCGAGUUUGGUUAGGUGACGCCAUUCAACUAGUCUUCAUUUGGGAGGAAGAUCAAGACGGCGCAGGGUGGCGGUAUUUUGACGCCGAUCACAGGCCUUUGCCUUCCAACUGCAGCCCCACUUUGUCCCCAGCACUUCAAGUCACUCCUCCGGAGCAAGAUCAGGAGCAAGAUAUAUCAGCAGACGAUUACUGGGCCGGGUAUGAUUCAGGGUCUUCUCCACGCUCCCCUCGUAUACCCGAGCGCGAGCUUGGCUUGGAUGACGAAGAUGCUUACUGGGCCUCGUAUGGCGCGGUUCAUGGCUCGGCAGAUUCGACAAUCCCUUCACCUGCACCUCAAAAGAAGCGCCUAGACGCAUGGGGUAGAGAAGAGCUUCCCUGGGAGGAACAUGCGGAACUUGAUGCACAGGCCUGGGAUAUCGAUGAGACCGCAUCUAGGCAUGGGUUAGGUGUCACGAUUCUUUCCAACUCUCGGCCACCCACACCUCCCACCAUGGCAACUCGAACUCUCGUUCUAUCAACCCAAAUUCAUCCACCCCAGCAAAUCGCGCCGCUUCCUGAUUUGAAUCACCGGAAUUGGACAAGUCCCCCAUCGUCUCUUUCCGCGCCUUUCUCCGCGUUGUCCGAACCAGACGACGCACCACUCGAUGAAGAACCCAAGGCUGAAUAUUCAGAGUCGAAAGACAAUGAGGAUCACGUCCCUCCCUUUGUCUCACGGCAGCCUUCUUCCUCCAGCAAAGUUCCCAGCACUGCAGACACGGGAUUGUCAAACGCCAUAAGGGGCAUGUAUGCAAUGUGGCUCACUUCCCGUCAAGACACCGGCUCGGAGGAGACCAGGAAAGCAUUCAUGGAACUGGUCCAGGGUGCUUUGAUUGACGGCUAG